UCUAUUUGUCAACAUAAGCCAAAUCAUCAUCAUAAACCACCAGCCAUUUUGUUUUUGUGUUUUGUUUACUCUCUUUGUAAUUCAUUUUCUAAUUGUUUCAUUUUCUUUCAAUAAGAUCAUUUUUGUGGACUAUUAAAAGUGUCUUUUGUUUGUUUCUGUAAAGAGAUUAAGAGAGAAAGGAAAGAAACGAGAGAGAGAGAAGUGUAAGAGAAAUUUGAAAAUUAUGUCUUAUGCGUUUCUUUUUAAAUAUAUCAUCAUUGGUGAUACUGGAGUUGGUAAAUCAUGUUUACUGUUACAGUUUACAGAUAAAAGAUUUCAACCUGUUCACGAUUUAACCAUUGGCGUUGAAUUUGGUGCUCGUAUGAUACCUAUUGAUGGUAAACAGAUCAAACUACAAAUAUGGGAUACCGCUGGUCAAGAAGCUUUCAGAUCAAUUACUCGUUCUUAUUACAGAGGAGCUGCUGGUGCUUUAUUGGUCUAUGAUAUCACUCGUCGUGAUACUUUUAACCAUUUAACUACUUGGCUUGAAGAUGCUCGACAACAUUCCAAUUCCAAUAUGGUGAUAAUGUUAAUUGGUAAUAAAAGUGAUCUUGAAUCACGUCGUGAGGUUAAAAAAGAGGAAGGUGAAAACUUUGCCCGUGAACAUGGGCUCAUAUUUAUGGAAACAUCGGCCAAGACUGCAGCUAAUGUAGAGGAAGCUUUCAUCAAUACUGCUAAGGAGAUUUACGAAAAAAUUCAAGAGGGUGUUUUUGAUAUCAAUAAUGAAUCUAAUGGAAUCAAAGUUGGACCUCAACAUUCACCAUCAAAUCCCAAUGUACCUUUAAGUGGAGGUAACUCAAAUUCAAGUGGAAACUGUUGUUGAAGAUUAUAUAAUAUCUUGAAAAAUAACAUGAAACAACCACCACAACAAAUAUUACACACACACAUACAUACACACAUAUUUACCACGAUCGGUGAUGAAUACCCUUUCAUUUAUAAUCUACGUCAUUCUGUUGAUUCCAGGUCAAGGAUUAAUGUUCAUCUUAAUCAUAUGGAAGAAAAUUGCACCUCUAAAUUCAUUCUGUUCUACGCUUAUCCUUUUCCUUUUCCUCCUUUUCCUCCUUUUCCUCCUCUUCCACCAGCAAAACCACCACCUUCAUCUUAUUAAUUUACCAUCAUCACUUUUUCUUCCUAUUUGAUUUCUCUUUUUUUUUCUUUCAUUUUAUUUUCUAAAAGCCUCGUUAAUUUGUAUUCUAUGUCUUUUUUUCCUUUGCCUGUUAUGAUUAAUUACAAUCAGAUGCUUUUGCUGUAAUAAUGACAAUAAAACAAAAAAGAUCGAUGUAUUAUUUAAAUGGAAAACAUAUAAACAAUAAGUCGUAAUUUGAAA